CCCUCACAUUCCUACAGUUGUUCUUAACGUUUACCGCAAUAUACUCUUAUCCGCAUUAUAAUGGCAACUGUCAGUUAUUACUUUAUUGUUUUAUCUGUCUGUGUUGUCUGUACGUUUGCAAAUCAUGGAUUUAAACCAGAUGACUUAGUUCUCUUUGGAACAGAUCUUUACGGCAAGGGUAUUCUGUCGUUGGUACCUCAAGAUGGUAAAAUUGUUACACCUGCGGGACCCCUUGAUCCAGAUCAUAUUAGUCCAGAUUCGAUGUUCAUUAUAGCUAACCACCCCGAUUAUCCUGCUUACCACGAUGCUCUCAAAAAGAUUGAAAAGACCUUGUUGCCUGGUGAUGAUAUACACAAAUUAAGUUUUUCUUUUGAAGCUAAAGAACUGGACUUUGGACCUAUAAGCGUUGAAGUAUUGCCACAUAGAGAUGGAUUAAAAAACGAUGAAUUAGCUCUAUUUGCAACAGAUGAACAUGUUGGAUUCAAACAUGAUUAUUUAGUUCUAUUUGGAACAGAUCUUUACGGUGAGGGUCUACUGUCGUUGGUACCUCAAGAUGGUAAAAUUGUUACACCUGCGGGACCCCUUGAUCCAGAUCAUAUUAGUCCAGAUUCAAUGUUCAUUAUAGCUAACCACCCCGAUUAUCCUGCUUACCACGAUGCUCUCAAAAAGAUUGAAAAGACCUUGUUGCCUGGUGAUGAUAUAUACAAAUUAAGUUUUUCUUUUGAAGCUAAAGAACUGGACUUUGGACCUAUAAGCGUUGAAGUAUUGCCACAUAGAGAUGGAUUAAAAAACGAUGAAUUAGCCAAAGAACUAGACUUGGGAUCCAUAACCGUUGAUGAAAGACAAUCUGGACCUAUGAGCGUUGAUGAAGGACAAUCUGAACCUGUGAGCGUUGAUAAAGUACAAUCUGAAGUUUAAUCUUAUUGAUUGCGGCAUUAAUAUGAUAUGUUACUGGUAUAUUUAAAAUUAUAUUAUUGUACUAAAAAAAAAAAAAAAUACACAUUUUAAAUGAUACUUCUUGGCAUGAAAAAGAAAACCAUAUUCUAAGAAGUGUAAAU